AUGGCACUCCAAGGCCCGAGGGCAGGGGAGGAUGAUCUGCCUGGGCCGGAGCUUGGCGCAGAGACGCCUGCGACUUCUUCCUUCCUCGCUUCUUCCUCUUCGCGUCCUGAGUCUUCUGUCGUCGCUGCGGCCUUCCAUGCCGUCUCCGUCCCCACUUUCUCCCCAGGCGCCUGGCUAGAUGCGUGCAUUGAAACAAGUCUCGAGAAAAACGGGCUCUCGCCGCAACCUUCCUCCUCGCCUACUCUCUCUUCUUCCCAGGAGAUCACAGCAGAGACGCAGCGUCUAGCCGAGGCACUCGAGUCCAUCCUUGGAGACAUUCUUGCAGAGGUUCAACAGAGAACUGCGGCUACGUUUGAUGCGCUGGACGCAAAGAGCCAAGAUUUGAGUGCGGCGGCUCCAGCUUGUGUGAAGAAGAUAGAGGAAUUCGAGAAGAAAAUCGAAGGGGCAAACAGAACGGUGGCCGGAGCGCUAAAUGCUUUGACAGGCAUUGACCUUGAACACCAGGAAAGUCUGAGACGGCUGGCUGCCUUCGACGCCCUCAAGCGACAUUUCCAGCGCUGUCGGCGGGUCCUCCUCGUUCUCCACCAAUGGGACUUUAGAGUGGGAGAAAUCGAACUCCUUCUUCACAGCUUCCAACACCAACAGGCUCCUCUUCUCGCCGAUUUUUCGAGCGUGGCGGAAAGCACGUCGCACCUUCACUGUCCCUCUCGUCGGCGGUCUGUGCCUGGCGACGCUGACGCCUCUUCUGGUUCCGCUUCUUCCUCGUCCUCGUCUGCCUCCUCUUCCUCUUCUUCGUUUGAACAUGCAGCAAGCACCGCACGACUGCGGAGUUUAGUGCAGGCGGCUUUGCAUGCAGCGGCUCUGAAAAAUGCAGUGCAGGAGUUGAAGGCGUUCGGCGAGUUCUCUGCAAGGGUGCGAGCUGCGCAGUUGCUGGAGAAGCGGGUCGUCGUCGUCGCCCGCAACCUGUUGUGCACGGCCUUCCGUUCGGCCGACGCGGAAGGCCUGCGAGUCGCGGUCGACGUUUUCGUCACGUUGAAUCGCUCCGCGCAGCUUCACCACGAACUCCCCAAGUGUCUCGGCGACUGCAUGCGGCGCGCCUGGCUGACGACGUGGGCCCUCACCCCCUCGGGGCGGCGCCAACGGGUGGAGACAGCUGCAGACGCGUUGUGGGCUCUAGCGCCCGAAGCGCGAGACGCAGGCGAACGAGAGCUCUUCCGAGAAGAGCGAGGAGACGGCUUCCCACGGGAAGAGCGGGACAAUGUCCACGUUGACGACGCCUCUUUCGCGAGAGAGCGGAGAACGAUUGGAGAGACGGAAGCUCUUCUGCUGCACUUUGAGGAAUUCACCAGACUGCUUGAAGAGCGUUCGUCGCUUCUCCGUCUCUUCGCCGACGAGCUCAGCCAGGCGGAGGUCCGAGCCUCGCACGCUCCUGCGGAUGCGCCUUCUGGUUCGUCUUUGCGGCCUGCCGAUGCCAACCGCGGAGGCUUCAGUCGAGGGCAUCGCGGAGCGGACGAAGAGGGCGAGAAGACGGACGGGGCCCCAGCCACCGGCGUCGCUGCUUCGCCGCUGCAGCCUCCUCACCGCCCGCGCCUUCACCGGUCGGCGUCGAUCCUGCAUGCGCGCGUCUGGGAAGAACUCCUUCUCCUCUGUCUGAAAGCAGGCAGCGAAGUCUCGCAUGCCGAGAUGGAGGCUUUCAUCGCCCGCCCGAGGCCGGAGGAGAUAGGAGAGGAGAAAAGCGGAACCGAUCACGCGGAAAAGAUUGGGCACAUCGAGAAACUGCUGCAGGCGUACGAGACCUGCGUGACGCUCCUGUGCGCGACGCCAGUCGUGGCCGAGAGCGAACCCCACAUUCCUCAGCUGUGGCAGAAGCUCUCGUCGACGUGCUUGUUCUUCCCCGCCCCGCUCCUCUGCCAGUACAACGCAGCCCUCUGGGAAGCCCUCAAGGCAGCCUUCAUGCAGGAGGCGCCGUCCGUGAGACCGUUCGACAAGCGACAGACUCCUUCGCAGGCGAAGAGUCUGCAGGACGAGCAGAGCCGCCAGGGAGCAAGGAGAGACGAGCAAGGAAGAGGAAGAGACAGCGAUUUCCUGCCUCUCGAUUUCUUGCCCUCAUGUCUCCCCUUCGACAUCUCGCUCCUCAACACGUGCAUGCAGCAAUACCUGCUUUUCUCCACAGCUCACCAAAAGCUGGCGCAAGGAGCGGCUGUUGUCUUUGAGGAGGCGCUGGCGACUCACCGGCGCCAGAGUCGUUUCAACACCUAUCUCCGCGGGCUGAUAAACUUACACCCCGACCUGCUCGUCUAUCCGUCUCCAAGUGCCGUGGCGCACAGCGCUUCUCUCCUCGCUGCUUCGAACUCUUCUCUCCCGGCCGUUUCUUCCCCGCCGCUUCCGUCCGUGUUUCCCGCGAGUUUCGCGGCGUACACGAGUCUGGUGCACGCGUCGCGGGCGUUGGUGCUCCUCGCCUGUUCGACUCCGUUUUCUCUCUUUCUUCGUCGCUUCUAUCCACUGGUCUUUGGUCGCGCACGCGUGGCGCCUCCACAGACCGACCCCGACGCUCGCAAUUCUGGCGCAGGCGAGCCUGCGGCGGGCAGCGAGAAAGAAACUCCCAGGCGGCGAGGCCGCAGAGAGGUGCUGCCUUCGAGCGUUGCCACAGCCGCCGGAGAAUUUUGUCUCCAACUCCUGCCGCACAUCGAACUCGCGAGCGCAGGCAGCAAAGCGCCUGAGAAGACUCCACACACCGACCCGGUGGAGAAUGCAGGCGAUCCGCUCAUUGCUGGCCUUCUCUCGGCGACGUCCACCGCCUUCUGCCGCACGUUGCUCGAAGUGGAGCUUCCAUCUUGCGCCGCGAAGGGCGCGGGGCCGCGGAGAGAAGUCGUCGAAAAGGGUGUUCUUCUUCAGCUCCAGGCGGACACAAGAUACCUGGCCAGUCUCUCCCGCUCUCUCGGCUACGACCCGGAGGAGGAAAGCCUGCCUUUUGAACUGGAGGCCGAGGACGCGGAAGGCGAAGGAGGCAGCAAGCGAGGCGAGGCAGAGAACAGAGAAGAGAGAGAAGAACGAGAGGAGAGAGAAGAAAGAGAGAGGGAAGUGGGAGAGAGAGAAGAACGAGAGAGAGGAGACAGAGAGAGGGAAGUGGGAGAGAGAAGGAAGCGAGGCCCGACGUGGACGAUCGGUUUGCUUCUUCUGGGACUGGAAACCCUCCUCGCGGAAGACGAGUCGGCACGCGAAAGCGCAGAAAACGUCUCUGCAGCGGAAAAAGAGGACGGCAAGGAAGCAAGAGAAUGCGAGAGCCGUGUGUCGCCUUCUGCUUGUCUCGCGGCGUUCGAGGCCCGCGUCCGACGGAGAUUUGCCAGGGAAAGAAGCGAAAAUGGAGAAGCGUCUCCUCGCGAAAUCGAGCGCGUCUGGGCAGCGUGUGCCGCUGCAUCCGCGGCACUCGACUCCCCAGCUUCCGAUCUCUGGAGAAGUUCCGAGGAAACAGAAAAUGACGAAAUCACCCUCAUCUGGGCUCUCCUGUACAAACUCGGCGUUUUCCCGCAAUCGGGUCUUUGA